GGAAUGUACGGGUUGCUGUGUGCGUUCGUUGGGGGACUGUGAGGACUGAGGCUCGCCGUGCCGGCGGGCUUUUGCGUUGCGGGGUUGGGCAGCCGCAGCGGCCUCUUAGGGCGAGUGCAUCGUGUUCGCCGCUGCUCGCAGCGGUCGUUUCUUUUCCGCUGGAAGCGGAGGGAGAGUGCAGCCAUGGCGGCCCCUGCUCAGCCCAAGAAAAUCGUGGCCCCUACGGUGUCGCAGAUCAACGCGGAGUUCGUGACCCAGUUAGCAUGUAAAUAUUGGGCUCCUCAUAUCAAGAAAAAAUCACCUUUUGAUAUAAAGGUCAUUGAAGAUAUAUAUGAGAAAGAGAUUGUCAAAUCAAGGUUUGCUAUCAGAAAGAUAAUGCUCUUGGAAUUUAGCCAGUAUCUUGAAAAUUACCUCUGGAUGAAUUAUUCUCCAGAGGUGUCCAGCAAGGCCUAUUUAAUGUCAAUCUGCUGUAUGGUGAAUGAGAAGUUCAGAGAAAAUGUCCCUGCAUGGGAGACUUUUAAGAAGAAGCCAGACCACUUCCCAUUCUUUUUUAAAUGCAUCUUGAAAGCAGCAUUAGCUGAAACUGAUGGUGAAUUUUCCCUCCAUGAACAGACGGUCUUACUGCUUUUUCUUGAUCAUUGCUUCAAUAGUUUGGAAGUAGACUUGAUACGCAGUCAAGUACAGCAGCUUAUCUCCCUCCCAAUGUGGAUGGGCUUACAGCCUGCACGAUUGGAGUUAGAAUUAAAAAAGACACCUAAGCUGAGGAAAUUCUGGAACUUGAUUAAAAAGAAUGAUGAAAAGAUGGAUCCAGAAGCGAGAGAACAAGCCUAUCAAGAAAGAAGAUUUCUUUCACAACUCAUCCAGAAGUUUAUCUCUGUGCUGAAAUCAGUCCCACUUUCUGAACCUGUCACUAUGGACAAAGUUCAUUACUGUGAAAGAUUCAUUGAACUUAUGAUUGAUCUAGAGGCCCUACUCCCCACAAGGCGCUGGUUUAAUACCAUCUUGGAUGAUUCCCACCUUUUGGUUCACUGUUACCUUUCCAAUCUUGUUCAUAGGGAAGAGGAUGGCCAUCUUUUUUCCCAGCUUUUGGACAUGCUUAAGUUCUAUACUGGUUUUGAGAUUAAUGACCAGACUGGAAAUGCUCUGACAGAGAAUGAGAUGACUACAAUUCACUAUGAUAGAAUUACUUCUCUGCAGAGAGCUGCUUUUGCGCAUUUCCCAGAGCUCUAUGAUUUUGCCCUCUCAAAUGUGGCAGAAGUAGACACUCGGGAGUCCUUGCUCAGGUGUUUUGGACCUCUUAGUUCAAAUACACUCCACCAGGUGGCAUCAUACCUCUGCUUGUUACCAACUCUUCCUAAAACUGAUGACACAACUUUUGAUAAAGAAUUUCUUCUAGAAUUACUGGUAUCUCGUCAUGAACGUCGAAUUUCUCAAAUUCAGCAGUUGAACCAGAUGCCUUUGUAUCCAACUGAGAAAAUCAUAUGGGAUGAAAAUAUUGUCCCAACUGAGUACUACUCUGGGGAAGGUUGUCUUGCUCUUCCCAAGUUGAAUUUGCAGUUUUUGACGCUUCAUGAUUACCUCCUGAGGAACUUUAAUCUCUUCCGCUUAGAAUCAACUUAUGAAAUUAGGCAGGACAUCGAGGAUAGUGUCAGCAGAAUGAAGCCAUGGCAAUCUGAGUAUGGCGGGGUAGUAUUUGGUGGUUGGGCACGAAUGGCUCAGCCCAUUGUGGCUUUCACUGUAGUGGAGGUUGCCAAACCCAACAUAGGUGAAAACUGGCCAACCCGAGUUCGUGCGGAUGUUACCAUCAAUCUGAAUGUCAGAGAUCACAUCAAAGAUGAAUGGGAAGGACUUCGUAAGCAUGAUGUAUGCUUUUUAAUUACCGUGCGUCCCACAAAACCUUAUGGUACCAAGUUUGACCGGAGGAGACCUUUUAUUGAACAGGUUGGCCUGGUUUAUGUCAGAGGCUGUGAAAUCCAGGGCAUGCUGGAUGAUAAAGGGCGUGUCAUUGAAGAUGGACCUGAACCCAGACCCAAUCUUAGAGGAGAGUCAAGGACAUUUAGAGUGUUUUUGGAUCCAAACCAGUAUCAACAAGAUAUGACCAACACUAUACAAAAUGGAGCAGAAGAUGUAUAUGAAACUUUCAAUAUAAUAAUGAGGAGAAAACCAAAGGAAAAUAACUUUAAGGCUGUGCUGGAGACUAUUCGGAACCUGAUGAACACUGAUUGUGUGGUACCUGACUGGCUGCAUGACAUCAUUUUAGGUUAUGGGGAUCCAAGUAGUGCACAUUAUUCCAAAAUGCCCAAUCAGAUUUCCACCCUUGAUUUCAAUGAUACGUUUCUCUCCAUUGAGCAUUUAAAAACCAGCUUUCCUGGUCAUAAUGUUAAAGUAACUGUGGAUGACCCAGCUCUACAGAUACCCCCUUUCAGGAUAACGUUUCCAGUAAGAAGUGGAAAAGGGAAGAAAAGGAAGGAUGCAGAUGGGGAAGAUGAAGACACUGAAGAGGCAAAGACCUUAAUUGUUGAACCUCAUGUUAUUCCUAAUAGGGGUCCCUAUCCUUACAACCAACCCAAACGUAAUACAAUUCAGUUCACUCAUACACAGAUAGAGGCCAUCCGUGCUGGGAUGCAGCCUGGGCUAACUAUGGUUGUGGGCCCACCAGGUACAGGAAAAACAGAUGUGGCAGUCCAAAUCAUAUCCAACAUCUACCACAAUUUCCCAGAGCAGAGGACUCUGAUUGUUACUCACUCCAAUCAGGCCCUGAACCAGUUGUUUGAGAAAAUCAUGGCUUUAGACAUUGAUGAGCGCCACCUCCUGCGUCUUGGUCAUGGAGAAGAAGAGCUGGAGACAGAGAAAGAUUUCAGCAGGUAUGGAAGAGUUAAUUAUGUUCUGGCUCGAAGAAUAGAACUUUUAGAAGAAGUCAAACGAUUGCAAAAGAGUCUGGGGGUUCCAGGAGAUGCUUCAUAUACUUGUGAAACUGCAGGCUAUUUCUUCUUAUAUCAGGUAAUGUCUCGUUGGGAAGAGUAUAUCAGCAAAGUGAAAAAUAAAAGUAAUACGUUGCCAGAUGUUACGGAAGUCUCCACUUUCUUCCCUUUUCAUGAAUACUUUGCAAAUGCCCCUCAACCCAUUUUUAAAGGCCGAUCUUAUGACGAAGACAUGGAAAUUGCUGAAGGAUGUUUCAGGCACAUUAAGAAAAUCUUUACUCAGCUUGAGGAAUUCAGAGCCUCUGAACUGCUUCGAAGUGGACUGGACAGGUCUAAAUACCUUUUGGUGAAAGAAGCCAAAAUCAUUGCUAUGACCUGUACUCAUGCUGCCUUAAAACGACAUGAUUUAGUCAAGUUGGGUUUCAAGUAUGACAACAUUUUAAUGGAAGAGGCUGCUCAAAUUCUGGAGAUAGAAACUUUUAUACCUCUUCUUCUACAGAAUCCUCAGGAUGGUUUUAGCCGACUGAAACGAUGGAUUAUGAUUGGUGAUCAUCACCAGUUACCUCCAGUCAUUAAGAACAUGGCUUUUCAGAAGUAUUCAAACAUGGAGCAAUCUCUCUUCACUCGCUUUGUCCGGGUUGGAGUUCCUACUGUGGAUCUUGAUGCCCAAGGGAGAGCCAGAGCAAGCCUGUGCAACCUCUACAAUUGGCGAUACAAGAAUCUGGGAAACUUACCGCAUGUGCAGCUCUUGCCGGAGUUCAGUACCGCGAAUGCUGGCUUGCUCUAUGACUUCCAGCUCAUUAAUGUGGAAGAUUUCCAGGGCGUGGGAGAGUCUGAACCUAAUCCUUACUUUUAUCAGAAUCUUGGAGAGGCAGAAUAUGUAGUGGCACUUUUUAUGUACAUGUGUUUACUUGGUUACCCUGCUGAUAAGAUCAGUAUUCUAACAACAUAUAAUGGACAAAAGCAUCUUAUUCGUGACAUCAUCAACAGACGGUGUGGGAGCAACCCAUUGAUUGGAAGACCAAAUAAGGUGACAACUGUUGACAGAUUUCAAGGUCAACAGAAUGAUUAUAUUCUUCUUUCUCUAGUACGAACCAGGGCUGUGGGCCAUCUGAGGGAUGUCCGUCGCUUAGUGGUGGCCAUGUCUAGAGCCAGACUUGGACUUUAUAUCUUCGCCAGAGUAUCCCUCUUCCAAAACUGUUUUGAACUAACUCCAGCUUUCAGCCAGCUCACGGCCCGCCCACUUCAUUUGCAUAUAAUUCCAACAGAGCCUUUCCCAACCAGUAGAAAGAAUGGAGAGAGACCAUCUCAUGAAGUACAGAUAAUAAAGAAUAUGCCUCAGAUGGCAAACUUUGUGUACAACAUGUACAUGCACUUGAUACAGACUACACAUCAUUAUCAUCAGACUCUAUUACAGCUACCACCUGCUAUGGUAGAAGAAGGUGAGGAAGUUCAAAGUCAGGAAACAGAAUUGGAAGCAGAAGAAGAGGCCAUGCCUGUUCAACCUGACGUACCCAGUCUAACAGAUGCCAGCUCUAGUCAAGAAACCUCGGCCUCGCAGACUGAGACCGCCCCCAGUCAGACUGAGACCACCCCCAAUCAGACAGGAGCUGGGUCCAAUCCAGAAACCAUCUCUGCUCUAUCUGAGACCACUGCUACUGUAGCGGGACCUGAGGCUGCACCCACAGAGGCUAACACCCCUCAAGAUGCCACAUCUACCAUGGAGGAGACCAAGUAGCCAAACUGUAGCCUUUCUUAGGGAGGACAUUUCAUUCAUAAAGUCUAACUAAAGUUACUUUUUGUAUUUUAUAUUUGCUUCUGCCCUUUUAAAGGUACUAAUUAAUGUUCAGUCCUAUUUUUGUUAACUAAUUCCAAUGUUUGUCUUCUUGGAUAUAGUAAAAAAUAUUCUAUGUGUAUAAACAACUUCAGUUUCAUUUGUUCCAUCAGAAGGGCGAAUAACCAUUCCUUUGAUAUUUUUCUUAUUAACUGAGUGUAUCUGUAAUCAAACCUACAUUAAAAGAAUUUUGUAUAGAAUACACAAGACAUACUUCAUAUCCAAAGAAAAGGACAGAAUACACUAGAAUUAACCGUAAGUGCCCUUAAGCAAGUGUCCAAAUUGGGGAGGAAAUAGUUUCUUCUAUCAUACUAUCAGAUGCUCAAGUGAUGUUCCCUUUUUUUUCCUAUCUGUCUUUUCUGUUUCUGUCUUUCUUGAUGUAAGGGCAUUAAUACCUAUAAGAUAAAGAUUUCCCAUAUCCAUCAAAGAGGUUACAUGUAUUUCCUUCCCCAAAAUCUCAUAAUGUAUUAGAAUCACCUAGAGUUUCUGUUUCUUCUUGGGGCCACUCCAGACCUAAUGAAUCAGCAUCUCAAGGUUAGGGCCCAAGAAUCUGUAUUUUAGCAGGUGCUCUGAAUGUUUGAGUUGCUGUCAGAGUGGUAUAAGAUAAGGCUGGUGAGGCUGAGCCAGGAUUUGUCAUUCAGCUAAGCAAGAAGAAUCUGACAAAUCCAUCUGGGCAGGAAGAAAGAUCCAGAGUCUGGGCAGGGAGAGUCAGUGAACUUAGCUCCUGUGUGCAGGUUAGAAUUCUCCCAAGGCAGAGGUUCUGAGUUUUCUGCUGUUUAAUACUCUUGGUAGAUAAUCAGCCACACGGAGACCAUAAGGUAAAAUAUGCUCCAAAUUUGGGACGGCAAAGAUCCUAGGACCUUGCUACUCAAGUGUGGUUUGCAAACCAGCAGCAUCAGUGUCUGUUGAAGCUUAUUAGGAAUGCAGAAGUUUGGACUCUACCCCAGACCUAUUAAAUCUGAAUCUGCAUUUCAACCAAGUCCCCAGAUGAUUCGUAUGCACUUUGUAGUUGGAGAAGCACUAUACUGAGAUUGCUGUGCUCUCCUCACAUGUACGAGAGGUAGAAUGAUGAUUCUGUGAUGGGGGAAUUAACAGUGAGUGUGACUGAUGUUUUCUGACAAGGGACUUCUGCUUAUAAGGUCCUUGGGCUGAUGGCCAGAAAAGAGAUGAAUGUGUAUAUG